AUGUCUACGAUUAACAAAUUCUUGGAAUUCUAUUCUGACUGGAAUCGUUUGAAGAAAGGAGUAGCAAUACUUUUACGACUUCGCGCAAUGCUACUGAAAUUGAGUCAAAUGAAGAAAGAUAAACCACAUCAAACGAAGUCUAGAAGACACCUUCCAGAAUUCCAACAACCUAUUACCGUCCAAGAGCUAGAAGAUGCCGAGAUGGCCGUUAUAAGAUGCGUUCAAAUCCAAGCAUUCACCAGAGAAAUGUGCAUCUUACGAUCUAUAGAGAAAUCCGAAGGCCAAGACAAAAGACAACGUGAAAGGUGGACAAAGAUUGAAGUAAAAAGAUCAAGUUCCAUUUAUCGAGUGAGUCCCUUCCUUCAUCGAGAUGUCCUUAGAGUCGGUGGCCGCCUAAGACGUGGUGACUUCACCGAGCAAAUGAAGCAUCCUUACAUCUUACCACGCAAAAGUCAUGUUACCACUCUGCUAAUUCGUCAUGUUCAUCAAAAGUUGGGACACGCUGGUCGAGGACAUGUUCUUGCGACAUUA